GAUGAAUUACGCCAACGUUAGAUCCCGCAAGCGCAAAGAUAAGGAUGGAGGUGGUACUUCAGAUGAUGGUGGAUAGGAAGUUUUCCCAUUGGUAGUAGAAGUAUGUAGAGUUGUUUUUAAGACCUUGAGUUAGAGAAUUCUUAAUUUUGAUAUCCGUAGUUGGCUAUCAACAUCAAGUGGGCUGUUGAAGUCCGUAACGAUCAAGACAGAGUGGUUUUCCUUCGGCGACACAUUCGCCACAGCAUCUCUUGCGUCAAAAUAUCAGAGGGAGACGGAGAGGAUCAGGAUAGAACCAUCAGUAUGAGACUUCGACCAUGUUGGACUUCCAUUGACUCGUCGCUAAUCAGGUCGUGCCUCUACCGCCGCCGAGGUGACGCAUGCCCUAGUUGCGAAAAUCGGAUCGAGGAGUCUAAGGGGUCGCUUUCUCUCUGCGUUCAAUUUUCUAGAUGCGAUCUCGCAUCUGCAACAAGCGCGCACAAGUUCGCUCAGUUACCUUUUUGUGGAC